AUGAGCGCCACAGGGCAUCAUGGCAAGCCAGAUGGCGAAAUGUUCUUGAACCAUCCUCCAGGCCGCGGGUCGCCCACGAUUGUCGAGCCUCUGCGCAUCAACAAGAGGAAUUCCCGCGCCCACUCAGUCGCCGGCAAACAAAGUCCAGCUCCUCAGCAGCCUGCCUCGAAUACAACAGUUUAUCCUGCGCCAUCCCUGCCAUACCCCGAUGACCAGUCCAGGCAACAACAUCAAGCCUCACAAGCAAAUGGGUUGCCUGCGCCGUAUCCGUAUCCAGAUGUGAGAAGGGUAACCUCUCCAGAACGGGCGGGAAGCGCUGGAAGUGGGCCACAACAAGAGGCGAAGAGAACAACGUCAGGAGAUGGACAGCCUAUACAAACUCUUGCUGAACGCCGUGGGAAUAUGCCAAAACCUUUGCCCGAGUCCCCAGGACCGGAUGCUCCAGACAAGGAGGGACUCUUCCAGCGACCACCUCAACGCGGGGAUGGUCCUUUGACAGCGCCUUUGCCAGGUGCCCAGAAGCAGGGCAGCCAACAGCAAUACUGGCCGCCCCCCACGGUCUCGUCUGCAGCAGAUGCUCUGAGCCGGUUGAGAAUUCGAGACCCCUCCUCGAUUAAUCGGAUCAGCUCCACUGCCUCGACAUCGACCACAAGGGCUCAGCGGGGAUCGCCUCCUCCGCCCGAGACCCCGAUCGUGGGUCCUGGUGCACGGCCCCAGACCGACAUCGAGGCUCGUUAUGCGGCUUCUGGCAUCGCCGGCACUGCAACAUUAACAAGCUUGCAGGCGCAAAGCGUAGCCGCUCAACAAAGAGCGGCCCAGUACAGCACUCCUUCUCAGCCCGGCCAGCCACAAGCGAAUGAACCACCGAGACGGCCAUGGACACCCACCGAAGCACCCGGGAGCACUUCACAUCCUGUUCCCACAGUCUACCAAGGAACCAGUGAGGUAAGCUCCUCGCCCCCAGCGGGUACCAGAUCUCCGGUAGCGACUCAACCAGCCGCUUCUUUGCACUCACCACAGCGAGUCCGGCAUCCCAUUGAAAACGAGCUCUCAAGAUUGCAACCCCAUGACGAGCCUCCGCCCGCUUACUCUCAGGUCUUGGGGGGAGCGAACGCUGGCCGUCAUGCUAAUGAGAAGGAGAGGCGAAGCAUUGUCGGGGCCGGCGUUCCUGCAACUGGGACAACGGCCACGACAGUAGCCACUGCAAAUACAAUGCCGGGAGCGCAAGUGCCAAACCAGUUGGAUCAUCCAGCAUUUGCCAAUGAUCCUCGGCAGCAAAGCCAGAGUCAUGCAGCUCAGCCCAAUGCCAAUGGCCAAAUGCAUCCAGUGCAGCCGGUAAUGCCACACACACCUUCGCAGAUACCCCCUGCGUCGCCUCCACCGCUUCCGGAGGGCUGGAUUGCGCACAUGGACCCAAACUCUGGACAGUAUUACUACAUUCAUUUGCCGACGCAAUCCACGCAGUGGGAGUUUCCAAAGGGCCCAACGCCUCUGAACUUGAAUGACACCCCGUUGUCGCCCGUGGGUAGUAUCUACCAAAACCCGUUGGCCUCUCCGGCGGGACUGUCUUUCACUCAAAAGCCGCUGGCCUCGCCUGGCCUCCCGUUGACCCCAGGAUACGAUCAACAGAGUGUUAUGGGACUAGCAAGUCCUGCUGCCUUCACGGGGCCCCCGCCGAGCAGUGGGGUUGAUCUCUAUAAAGUGGUCGCGACCAAUGGCGUCUACUUUGGUCCUUACCUGCGUUAUGCCAACAUGGAUAUUGACAAUGGCAUCUGGUAUGGCUCCAUCCUUUUGGUUACAGACGCGCCGCAACCUCCCACUAUCCACAUACACCAAAGCCUCGAUCUGUCGCCCAACCCUCGCCAGCUGAAACCUGCCAACAUUGCCACUCAUCAGCGUUGGACAUUCUUCAAGUAUGACGUUGACCUUCCUAUGGAGGAGUCCGAAGCUGCCAAAUGGACAUACGCGAUCACGUCCCACCUUGGCUGCACACGCUAUGAGUUCCUGGUUGCCGGCAAACACGAGACGAACUGGCGGUUUAUCGCCACAUCCGGGAACGACUUUUCCUUGAAUGUCAACGCCAAUGAACGCGCGAGGCUGGGGGGUGUCGGUUUCAUGUGGAAGGAUAUCAUGCAGAAACAUGCCGAAUGUGGAGGCUUCCAUUGCCAAUUGGGUCUGGGAGGCCAAAUCUUCGCCGACAGACUUUGGAAGGAGAUCCCUCUGCUUAAACAGUGGUUAGCGAUGAGUGGGAAGGAAAAUAGGAAGAGUGCUGUCUGGACGGCAUCUCACGAAGAGGACGUGACGCAUGCAUACUUCCACUAUUAUACCAGCCAUUUCGACCAGCCAUACUUACGCGAAGCCUUUGCCCAGAUUCCUCACGUGCUGACACUUGACGACCACGACAUUUUUGAUGGAUUUGGAUCUUACCCGGAAUAUAUGCAGUUCAGCAAUAUGUUCAAGAACAUCGGGCGUAUCGGCAUUGAGAUGUACCUGCUGUUUCAACAUCACACCACCUUAGAACUCCUCCGUAACGUGGCUGACGACCGAGACUUGUUCACCAUUACAGGUACUGGCUGGCAUUUUGUCAAGUUUCUUGGUCCGGCGGUCGCGGUUGUAGGUCCAGAUACGCGAAGCGAAAGAAACCCCCAUCAGGUCAUGGCUGGUCCGACUUACCAAGGCCUCUUUCCCAAGAUUGCAUUGCUUCCGCCGACCAUUCAACAUUGCAUCUUGAUGAUCCCAGUCCCUCUCAUCUAUCCUAGACUUGAGGCUGCAGAGCAAAUUGCUCACACCGUGGCCACGGGCAAGAAGGCGGUUACAGGAGCCUAUAAUGUUUUGGGGAAGGUCACAAGCUCGGUCGCUGGUGUCGUUGGGGCCAAAGGAGCAGUGGGCUCAGGAUUUGACUCCGUGAAACGCGCCGUUGGCAAGUCCGGGCUAAUGGGAGGCAUUCUGAGUCCCUUCGGGGAUAUCGACGUCCUCGACGAAUUGAAGGACCAAUGGACACAUGAGUCCAAGGACCUGGAGCGCACCUAUCUCAUUCGUACGCUGCAAGGCAUUUCUCAUCAAAGAUCGAUUCGCUUCAGCUUGCUCUCCGGCGCGGUGAACACAUGUGGAGCCGGCCUCGUUCAUGACCCUUCACAUCCUUCGGACCACAAAACAAUGUAUCAGCUCAUCACGUCGUCGGUCGUGAACACUCCUCCGCCGGCAUAUCUCAUGAAGUUGCUCAACAACAACAAACCACUCUACGUACCGGCCAAUGGCCAAAAGUCGACGCCGUCGCAGCCGACGGACACGAAAGAGGACAUGAUGGAGAUAUUCACCCACGAUGUCACCGGGCAGCCCAUCACCAAUCGCAAGUUGAUGCCUCGGCGCAAUUAUCUUGCGGUGGUGGUGUAUGAUCCUGAGGUGGUCAACGGGACUUUUGGGCAAACAGGCAUGCACCGCGGUUCGGGCAAACUGAGUCUUGCAGCCGACUUCCUGGUCCAGGGUGAGGGUGCGUAUGGCAACGUGGUGAAAUAUGGACCUGUUGUAGUUCCAAGCCUCGAAUAUGGACGGUGA